CAUACAAUCACCCACAUAUUCGAAGAAUAAAAAACCUUGUGAAUUUUGGAUAAGAGGUUCGGGUCGUGGUGUUUUGGAGAAUCCCAAACAUUCCUUGGCUCCCAAUACCACCUGCUUGUAUCAUUUGCAGGGUGUGGGCAUUUUUAAGACUUUCGAUCAUUUAAGUCUUUCACGACGCACUAAUGCCCAGGGCCUGCAUCAACCUCCCUCCCGAUUUAAGGUGUGGAUUUCUAUGCUCAAAUUUAAUUUAGAUCCGGAAUUUGGCCAAAUUGAUGAAACAUCGGUGGGUGCUAUUGGGGUGUUGCAGACUCAGGAGGAUUGUAGUGGUAUGCUGCGCAUAUGGGAUGGUUCUAUGAGGGAGCCUCCUAUAUGCAAGGAUUUAAAUUGCAUGACAGAAACCAAUCCUGUACAUCCAUCUCUACAACAAUAUGCCCACAAUACCACCAAUGUCAUAGCGAGAUAUUGCCGAGGAACAGUGCCCCGAACCUGUGAUCGGGCAAAUAUAAAUGAAACUUAUGCCCGACCCUGUACAGUAUCCGAGAGUUAUGUCUCCAGUGGAGACUCAAUAACGUUGGAAUUAAAAAACACCGAAUCAACAGUAUUAAGACCUUUAGAAUUCAAACUGAAAUAUGAAUUCAUCGAUUUGCAUCAGGAUGGUUUGCCCAUGGGUGGCGGCGAACUCGACUGUAAUCGUAAAUUUGUUAGCAAUCUAAUGGAUCGCAAAGAUCCUGCAAUUUUUCGCAGUGUACGCAAUAUAUUUCUAUUCGGUCGUGGAGGCACACGCAAUCUGAAGUGCGUUUAUAAAUUUGAGGGCAUGAGGGGUGAACGAGUGCGUAUAAAAUUACGCAAAGUAACCACCAUGAAUAGGCAUUGUAUGUCACGUGUGGACGAGGACAUAAACAGGUCAUUCUGUUAUGGUGAUACCAGUGUUAAGGUUGAGAUAUUUGAACGUCCAUACCAUGACACAAUAUUAUUGCCACGCGGUUGCCUUUGUAAUUCAUCGAACUCAUCACAUUUACCAGUUGAAUACACAUCGACAAGUCGUGACGUUGAAGUUCAUUUUACCGCCUACAAUAUGACAACUUUGGAUGAUCCAGAUGCAUUGAAUUUUGAGGGAAUGUUUGAGUUCAUCAAAGGACCAACGAAUUGUAAAGAUGGUCGUAGGAAAUUUGGUCCCAGCGGCACCAUUGAUAUGACAUUCGGAGAUAUGGAAUGUCGCACUCGCCCUUGGCUUAUUGAACCUUCGAAUGGUAAUAAAUUCUUGUACAUACGUUUGAAAGCCAUUUUCCUGCGCAAAUACAAUCCCAAAAAGUCCAUGAAUACGACAAUAGUGGGCACUAGUUCGUAUCGUUGUGAGACUAAGGCCAGAGCUGUGCUAACUACAGCGGAAGGUUUAACAAUCACAGCAUGCCCAUUGGCACCUGAUUCAAAGGCCUACGAAUAUGUGGAGAUUUUCAGUGCUGGCUGGAAUGAGCGUCCUAAUUUUGCCAUUGCAAAUCGUUCAAAAGCCAUUAGUGUAGAGUUCCUAAGACCAGAGAAUGGUGACUUUUCAUUUAAUUGGAUGGAAUUGAUACCAGGACCAACACUCAGUAUAGCAGAAGAAUGCCAGUAUAAAUGCUCGGAGUUGAAUGCCUGUGUUAAUGUUAGUGUCUGGUGCGAUGGCAUACAGCAUUGUCCCUCAGGCGAUGAUGAAACAUUCCUGCAAUGCUCGGCCAUUAUGAAAUUACCUACUGAAAUAUUGGCAACAUUGUGUUUGAUUAUUGUACUAUUCUGUUGUGCAUUUGCAGCGUUUGCCUACAAGAAAAUCAAAAGAAAAUUAAGAGGCUCAUCGGUGUUGCAGACACGUUUAAAGUCUUUAAGCUCCAUGGAUACGGCUGUUUUGGAUGAGAAGGAAGUGAUUUGCUGACAAAGCGACAAUUCUGUGCGAUAUGUUGAAAUAGAUCGUGUCACUACAGUCUGACCACAUUCUAUGAAAACAAUUAAACAAAUAUCGCACAGAAUUGUGCCUCUUGCUUGUAGACUGUUAUAAACUAAAUACUAAACAAAAAAA